CUGCUCACAGCAACUGAAAAUGUUACCUGCUGCGUCGUUGCUGCUGGUGAUUUUGUUCUCGUCGGUGAAUGCAAAUGGCUCCAUUUGCUCUGACUGCGACUGCGUCAAAAAACAGGAGUUCUUAUUGAACCAGGUUUUGGAUGCUCUGGCCGAACAAAAAAUUGCAACCUUGAAGUACGUUUCCAGUAACGCUAACACGCACAAUGCAACUGAAACAGGGUUUGACCAGCUGAAAAACCAGAUGGAAGGACAAAAAUUAGAAAUUUCCGGAAAGCUCGACGCCCUGAUGACUGUAUUAAGAACCCUGAAAAAUGGCAAAUGAAACAAGUUUCUUAUAUCAAAAUUGCAAUUUAAAUUAUUGUAACUAAUUAAAUAAAUAAAUACAGAGUUAAA